GUCCUUGACGUGGCAUUAAUAAACAAAGAUGGCGGUGGCGUUUACACCUUCGUUGAACUUUACUCUGAAUUAAAAACUUUGUAGUCUUAAGUAAUUUGAGUAUUUCCUACAUGUGUCUCGUUAGGCGAGUUGCAAAAUGAGCGGUUGGGCCGGUUUUUCAGACGAGGAGCUGCGCAGGAUACAGCAAAAGGACUCUACUGUAUCUGCACCUCCAGUCCGGGGUCGAAAACCAGCUUCAGGUAACCGGAGUCGGCAGCAGUUGCAGCGAGAAAGAGCCCUGCAGUCAGCAGCCCAGAAAAACGUAGGAGCCGAGUCACUGGUUCUUUCACGCGAACAACAACUCACCAAACCGUCCCCGAGGGAAGAGCCUAAACCCACAGCCCCGGCGACAACACCCACUGUCAAACAAGAGGUGCAGCAGAAGCCCGCUAUAAUGAAGCACAAUGAAAACGACCAACCGACUACAGAAGAAGAAACCCCAGUGGUUAAAGAGCUGGAUAAGCAAGAGAUUGAAUUACGGGAAAAGACGCGUCUGGAGCAACUUCAGCAUGAGCAAAAAAUCAUCGAAGAGAGGAACAAACGCAAGAAAGCUCUGCUGGCAAAAACUAUCGCUGAGAAAUCCAAACAGACUCAGGAAGAGACUGUAAAGCUAAAGAGAAUCCAGAAAGAGCUGCAAGCCCUCGACGACAUGGUGUCUUGUGACAUUGGCAUCCUGAGAGGAAAGAUAGAGCAAGCCAGUUGGGACUACUCAGCUGCAAGAAAGCGUUAUGAGAGGGCAGAAGCUGAAUACGUGAUAGCCAAGCUGGACCUUCACAAGAAAACGGAGGUGAAGGAACAGCUGACGGAGCAUCUCUGCGCCAUCAUCCAGCAAAAUGAGCUGCGCAAAGCCCACAAGCUGGAGGAACUGAUGCAGCAGCUACAGCUUCAGGCUUCUGAAGAGGAGCUGGAGAGGCAAAAGGAAGAGGAGAGGAGAAACUUAGAGGUGCAGAAAGACGUGGAAAAGGAAAAUGGCUCUGUGGAGAGUCAGGAGGUAAAGGUGGAAUCAACUAAAAAUUGUGGACCUAAGGAGAAAGAGACUGUGAAGGAAGAGACUGGAGAUUCUGAGCAAGACUGUAAAACACUAGAAAACUGUCUUCAGAGUGAAUCUGUGGCUGUGUCGUGAGGCAAUCUUAAUCUGUUAUGUGCUCUAUAAAUAUCUGUUAUAUACUGAUGGGUGACAAAUUGUACAAAGAUGUUGUAUCAAGUGUCUGUAUCAAGGUGUUGACCAUCACAUGUGGGCAGAACAGCUGAUGAGAUUGUGGCGAUCACUGCCACACCUCAGUCUAAAAUGUAAUGACUGUUGAGGCCAGAGCACACGAGUCACAUCAUUGUUAUCAUCUAGUUAAACAUGGCAUUUGCAUCAAAUAACUUUGUACUGUAACUAUGACAGAAAAUUAUUCCCCACAGCAUAGUAUGCCUGUUUAAAAUCAAUACUUAUUUUAUUUUUUUAAAUUACAACUUUACACUGACAAGACAGACUGAUCGCUAGCAAAGCAUCGUUUCCAGAUCGACGAAGGGGAGGGAGAAAAAAGACACAAUACAAAGCGAAAAACACUUACAACAUGAUUCUCCAGCUGAUAAGUUUCCCAUGUUGGCAUCCUUGACAGCCUUGGUUAAUACAGAAGAAGCAUCGUUAUGUUUUGGGUUGUAUUUUUGUUUUAAAAAGUCGCAGCUCAUAGAAAGCUGUAUGUUACUAACACGAUUGGUUAGUCUGAAAAACUCAUGUAGCGAAAGCUCACAGAGAAAAUCUGGUCUGAUUUCUGGUGUUAUGUGUUUCACACAUUUUUUUUUAUUAUUAUUAUUUGUGAGGCUGCUUCU